AUGAUCAAAGCCGAAUCUUCUUCCACGUACGAUACUACCCUAGGUGGAGUUCCCACCACGAAGGACCAGGUCCUCAAUGCUGGUGCUGCCACAAUCCAAAACUUCGCCCCAGUUAACUCAAUCUGCGCACACCUGAACGCCUUCCACGUCUACGCCUCCGAUACCUCCCGUAACGUCGAAGCAAAUCACUACUGCGCUCAUCUCAGUGCCAACGUCAGACAGUGCCUAAUCUAUGAUUCUCCGAAGAACCCCGCAAGGUUGAUUGGAGUUGAAUAUCUGAUCACAAGGCAAUUGUAUGAUGCGUUGACAAAAGAAGAGAAGAAGUUAUGGCACAGCCAUGACUAUGAGGUUCGUUCAGGGAUAGUCAUAAUGCCCAAUCCAUUAGUUCCCGAGGGGGUCUGGGAGAUCGCGGAGACAGCUGAGAUGCGCGAGGUGGUCGGUUUAUACGGCAAGAAUUUCCAUUUCUGGCAGGUAGAUCGAGGGGACGAGUUGCCGCUUGGGAAGCCAGAGCUAAUGAUGAGCUUUACGAAGGACGAGCAGGUACCAUGGGAUAAAGUCAAGGAUCGAGAUGAGCGCUUCGGAAUCGACUCGACGAAGAAACGGCACGCAAGGAACGAUAUCCCCCCUGUGCCGCCUCAUCAGGAUGCAGAUUCCUGUUGGAAGUAA